AUGAUGAUGAAGUUGUCUAGCUCACAGAGAAAGUCUUCUGUAUUUCUUGAAGUGGUAGCAAACCAAAUUGAGCAACAUGUAGAAGAUAUACAAGCUAACAAUCAACAACAACAUCCAGAAACAGAAGGAUGUGAUCAAAUAGGCGACGUUAAUCGUGAUGAUAUUGAGGUUGGUGUUAGUUGGAAUCCUUAUCAAGAUUGGACACAUGACGAAAGAGAUACAGCUGAAAGAUGUUAUCAAAUGGGCGACUUACCAACAAAUGAUUUUCGUUCUGGCGGAGAAGAUGAAUAUCAUGCUCAUGACGAUGGUGGUAUCGAUUAUAAUUGUGUCAAUAAUAUUGAUGGUCCCGAAGAAGGUAUCGAUAACACAGGGAUUGGUCCAUCAAGGUUAGUGCAUGAAACUUCAACACAUCAUGGUUCAAAUCCUUUUUUUGGUGUUCCAGAGCCAUAUAGAGAUAUAGAAAAUGAAGUAAGUCAAAUUCAUUCAGUUGCACCACGUGAUGGCAGAUUCAAAAUCACAGAUCAAUUCGCUUCUAAACAAGUUUUAAUUGACACCAUAUGUAGGGAUGCAUUGGAAAAUGGUUAUCAAUUCAAAGUAUCAAGUUCUAAUAAAAAGAGAUGGGAUAUAAAGUGUUUGCAUGAAGGGUGCAAAUGGAAAGCAGGAGCUGGGAAGUUAAGUAACAGUGAUGUUUUUGUGUUAAAGAAGUUUGGAACACACACUUGUCCUCGUGAUAUAAUUAGACCUCAUCAUAGACAAGCGGGUAAAAGGGCAAUGGGAAAAAUAUUACAGUCAUUGUUUACUGCAUGUGACCGUGUAUAUAGGCCAAAAGAUAUUAUCACGGAUAUAGCAGAUAGAUAUCGAAUUGAUAUCUCUUAUAUGCAGGCUUGGCGUGCUAAGAAUUGGGCUUUAAAUGAGAUAAGAGGUUCGCCAGAGGAGUCAUUCAGACUAUUACCGAUAUUCUGUCAUAACCUUGAACAACGAAACCCUGGCACCAUUACACAAAUAGACACGGAUGAAGAUCAUCGAUUUCAUUUUGUCUUUAUGGCUUUAGGAUGUUCAAUUAGGGCAUUUCGUGAUUUUUGUCAUCCGGUCAUCUGUAUUGAUGGAGCAUUCCUGAAAGGUCGAUAUUGGGGUACACUUUUUAUUGCAGUGGGUAAGGAUGGAAAUAAUCAAAUUUUUUCAUUAGCGUUUGGCAUAGGAGGAAAAGAGGAAACAAUAACUUGGAGCCCGUUCCUUCGAGCUUUAUAUCGGUGUAUUGGAGAUAUCCCUAAUUUAGCAAUUAUUUCAGAUAGACACAAUGCUAUAAUUCGUUGUGUGAGAGAAGUAUUUCCGAAUGCACAUCAUGGGUGGUGCAACCAUCAUAUCAAAGGAAAUAUGCAAAGUCGGUAUAAACAAACAAAACAUAUCGAAGGAUUAUUUUGGCGAGCUGCGAAAGCAUAUCGAAUAGAAGAUUUUCAGGAGGCUUUGCGGAUGAUCAGAGCUGAAAAUCCAACCGCAGCAGCUUAUCUGGAAGGUGCUUGUACUCAUUCUCUAACUCCAUGGGCUGAAGAGAAGCCAGUCAUAUCCAAAAUAUAUAGAGAAAGUGUUGAACCAUUGGGUGAUCCAUCAGAAUGGGUGCAAUCAGAAGAAAUACGUAUAGUCCACCCACCUCAGAUGGGAUAUCGACGUUCUGGUCGACCUUCCGAACACAAUAGAAGGCCAUCGCAAGGGGAGGAAACCCGUCAAAUUGAAUGUAGUCGGUGUCAUGAAAAAGGACAUACGCGAUUAGUUUGCACAAAUCCUUUGUCAGGUGUCGGGUCUGCAAGAGGGGUGUAA